AUGGCCGGAACAUGCUCCAUGCUCUGCCUCAUCCUCAUCACCAUCUUCAUCCCCCCCCUCGGCGUCUUCCUGAUCUCCGGCUGCAGCGCCGAUUUCUUCAUCAACCUGUUGCUCACGCUUCUGGGCUACCUACCCGGCCACAUCCACGCCUUCUACCUGGAGUACGUCUACUACCGGAACUCCGAUGCGGUGGCGCCGCGCCGCGCGCCGGGGGUGUAUUCGGAGCGGAUUCAGCGGGGGGCGCAUCACCAUCACCAGCAGCAGCAGCAGGCGGGGUAUGGGACUAUUUAA